AUGCAGUCUCCUCUCACUGUCGCUCGGCAAUCCCUCGUUUCUCUCCCUUUCUUGCUCCCGUCUUGGUGUGAAUUGGUCUCGAUAUCAGGGAGACGAUACCAGUCCACUUACCGACGAACAAAACAACGCCUUCGUGUGAAACCAGAUGCCUCCUUCGAACCAACUCAAGAAAAAUUCGACAGCAUCAUAUUCAACCCUCCCUCGAGCGCCCCGGAUAUCACUCACACUCCAACCAUAUUCCUUCCCAAAUCUGACAUUCGAAGAAAUCUUGUCCAACACGAAUCGACACUAAGCAUUGCACCCGAAGACCUUCCCUGGGCUACUAAGGCUCCCAAAAGGCAGAAAUAUCAUUUGACAGUGGAUGAUGUCAAAGAGAUCAGAAGACUACGUACGCUAGACCCUGUUGCGUGGAGUCGAUGGAAGCUGGCGAGGAAGUUUGACUGCUCUGCUCGCUUUAUCAACAUGGUCUGUGAACCUAUCCCACAAGAGCAGAAGCAAGAGAUUCACAGGAAGGUGUUGGAGGCUGUUAAGUCGAGAUGGGGUGUUACACGGCGCAUAGCUAGGGAGGACCGGGAACUCAGAAAGGAGGCCUGGGCUAAGGAUGAAUAA